CCGUACUUCCAGGUCCCAUACCAAUCAUAGCAAUACCGAUCGUACCGAUUCCCGCCUACCCCAGUAACCCCUAUUGUAACUAACUACCUUAUUCUACUGGGGGUCCAUGUUUCACUGGUAUUCCCCAAAUUACCAACUUACCACAUUACCAAAAUACGGUACCUCCCUCGCUCUCUCCCUCUUUCUCCCUCCAAACACUGGGUUGAACCUCAGGAGAGCAUCCCGUAAUCUCCAUCUUGUCCACACACUUCUCUCCUCCCCUCCCGCUCUUUCUAGUUUCACCCUUUCGCUUGGAGCUUCUUUUCUUCCUUCUCCGCUCGCUAUCUUCUCCAUCCUGUUGUUUACUUCGUCAAUUCCGUUGAUUUUGUCGCUUCAUUUCUCCGUUUCCUUUCGUUCGUUCCCCUAAUUCGCCCACCAUGUCGUCGGCCCUCAACGCGGUAUGUCUUGAGAUCUCUCUUUUGUCAACCCUCCAAUUCCCCCAAAAGAGAAUGGAAAGAAAGAAAUGAAGACGGUGAAGAUCGUUCAUUCGUCUUUCCCUUCCUAAGCACUCACUUCCC